AUGUCGUAUUUCAGAAAUGUGGCUACAAAUUUGGCUGGGCAGUCUGGUGGGUUUUUUCAGUGGUAUUGGCAGACUACUCAAGGUAAAUAUGCUGAAGAUAUAUUUGGGGAACUUUUCAAUGAAGCACACAGUUUCUCAUUUAGAGUCAACUCCUUACAAGAACGUGUAGAUCGCUUAUCUGUCAGUGUUACACAACUCGAUCCAAAGGAAGAGGAAUUGUCACUGCAGGACAUUACAAUGCGGAAAGCUUUCCGGAGUUCCACAAUUCAAGAUCAGCAGCUGUUUGACCGCAAAACUCUGCCUAUUCCUUUGCAAGAAACUUACGAUAUUUGCGAACAGCCUCCUCCACUUAACAUUCUCACCCCUUACAGGGAUGAUGGAAAAGAGGGUUUGAAGUUUUAUACCAAUCCUUCAUACUUCUUUGAUCUGUGGAAGGAAAAGAUGUUGCAGGACACUGAGGACAAAAGAAAAGAAAAGAGGAAGCAGAAG